AAGCGGGGGGGGGGAAUGUGUGUGUGUGUGAAGGAAGGAGGGAGGACUGUGCGUGCGUGCGUCCCCUCCCACGCCCCCCUCCCUCCCCAAAGCCACAGCCGCCGCUGUAACGGAUGCCCAACUCAGACCGCUCCGCCCUCUCCCCCUACCACCACACCCUCCUGGGAGGUCGCGCGCUGGAGGCGAGCGUGCGCGCGCGCGGGCAGAGGCAGAAUCAUUCCACAGCUAUGGAGAAUGAAUCAAGCACAACAACUUCUUCUACAGGCACAACAACCAUCGCUACUACAUCUUCCCCCUCCCGUACACAACCACCCCAGAUAUCUGUCUACAGUGGCUCAGAUCGACAUGCUGUGCAGGUCAUUCAGCAGGCCUUGCAUCGUCCCCCCAGCUCAGCUGCACAAUACCUUCAGCAGAUGUAUGCAGCUCAGCAGCAGCAUCUAAUGUUACAAACUGCAGCUUUACAACAGCAACAUUUGAGCAGUACUCCGUUCCAGAGUUUGGCCAGUGUUCCACAGGCAAAUCUUUCAGGUGGGAGGCAGUGUGCUUCUCCUAAUGGCAGUGUCAGUCAGCAGUCCAGCAUGUCAGAAACCUCGAUUAAUCUUUCUGCUUCUCCUACACCUGCACAGCUAAUAAGCCGUUCACAGACCUCCAACACUAGUAGCAGCAGCCUUACGCAGCAGACCAUGUUGUUAGGCAGCACUUCUCCUAAUCUGACUGCCAGUCAGGCUCAGAUGUAUCUCCGAGCUCAGAUGCUGAUUUUUACGCCUGCUACCACUGUGGCGGCUGUCCAGUCUGACAUUCCUGUUGUGUCCUCAUCAUCUUCGUUUCCCUGUCAGUCUGCAGCUACUCAGGUCCAGAAUUUGACUCUGCGGAGUCAGAAGCUGGGUGUAUUGUCUACUUCUCAAAAUGGAACGCCCAAAAGCUCUAGUCAACCCCAGACAUUAGCUGUGUGUCCUAGCAAAUCUGUAACCGGUGCCAAAGUCAGUCAAUUGGAUGUAGAAAGCAAGAGGAAGGGAGACAGCCCAAAUGCUGAGCCUCGAAGUCCAGCUGUUACCCGUACGUCAAGUAUUCAUCAGUUAAUGGCACCAGCCUCAUAUUCUCCGAUGCAACCUCAUUCCCUGUUAAAACAUCAGCACCCCCCUCUCCACUCGCCACCUUCCAAGCUUUCUCACCAUCAGCUAAUCUUUCAGCAGCAGCAAGUCCAACCAAUCACACUCCAGCUGCCUCCCAGUCAUGAAGCCACUCCGUCCCAGCACUGUGCCCCCCUUCACGGCCAUCCUCUGACACCAGAUCCCGCCAUUACUCCAUCCCAGCAUUGUACUCCUGUCCAUGUCCACCCUCCUCCACUUUCUCCAACCCCUUCCCCAUCCCCACAACAAUCCGUUGUAGUCUCUCCACCGCCACCUACUUCGCCCAGCCAGUCCCCCAGUAUAAUUAUCCACCCCCAGACUCUUAUUCAGUCUCAUCCGCUGACAUCGUCGGCGCUCCAGUCCGAACAUAACUCGGUCCAAGCUGACGAGAGUUCAACAGAAUCGACCUCACAGUCUGCCGCUCAUCCUCCCCAGUUGUCCCCUUCCCCUGUAGUCCAUGGGGGUCCAGCAGAUCGCCCAUCCAUGCUGUCCCCCAGCCAACGGAUGUCAUCGCCAUCAUCUCAUCAACCGUACCCAACUUUGCAGCCAGCGCCAGCUCCACUUGCAACCUCUCCACAGCUGUCAUCAACUCCAGCCCACCCUCAACAGAUGAGCCUUCCUCCUGUUCCGUCUUUGCAACUCCAGCCUGAACUUUUGUCCCAAGAUCAGGUGUUGGUACAAAACACCUUAGUUUCUGAGGAGGAGCUUCCCGCUGCUGAAGCGUUGGUCCAGCUGCCACUUCAGACUCUUCCACCUCCCCAAACGGUUGCAGUAAACCUCCAAGUGCAACAAGCAGUACCUAUUGAAACUCCAGUGCUUUACCAGGAGGAAGAUAUCUGUGAAGAUGAGAUGCCUGAGGACUCAGAUGGUGUUCGUAUGGCUAGGACUCCCACCCCGCCAACGCUGUCACCACCAGCUAUAACUUUAAGAAGCCGAGAAGAGCUUUCCUAUGAAGACGCUUUUCCAGAACAAGAGGGACAUUCUUCAAUGGCCUCAUCAGUCAGCGCAUCUGUAAUUAAAUCACCAUCAGACCCUUCACAUGCCUCUAUUCCACAGCCACCUCUUUUGCUCCCAGCAAUUGCAACAAGGACUAACAGCGCAUCAGUGUCCAAUAGAAACCCUAGUAUAGAAAACAAACUUCCACAGGCUAUCGUUAAACCACAAAUCCUGACUCAUGUUAUUGAGGGCUUUGUGAUCCAAGAGGGUUUAGAACCAUUUCCUGUAAGUUGUUCAUCUCUUCUGACUGAUCAGCCUGCAAAAAAGAGACUCUUGUUGGAGGAGCAAGUUGUGAAUGUUAUGUGUGUCGAACCGGAGCUUCAGAAUAAUGCCAAACAUGCAGACAAUUCCUCGGACACAGAGAUGGAGGACAUAAUUGCUGAAGAGGGACUGGAUGAGAUGGAGACGGAUCUCCUCAAGUGUGAAUUUUGUGGGAAAAUGGGAUACGCAAACAAGUUCCUGAGGUCGAAACGGUUCUGCACCAUGUCCUGCGCUAAGAGGUAUAAUGUAAGCUGCGGUAAGAAAUUUGGAUUAUACUCAUCAGACAAGAGCAGCCGUUGGAGCCGUAGUCCAGAUAAUCCAGGUCUUGGGCGGCGAGGGCGGCGUCCCAGUGGCUCCGAUGGAGCUCCAAGGGAACACUUCCUUCGACAGCUACCAAUUACUUAUCCAUCUGCAGAAGAAGACUUGGCCUCUCAGGAAGACAGCGUGCCAGUUGCCAUGACCACUCGCCUGCGAAGGCAAAGCGAGAGAGAAAGGGAGCGGGAACUUAGGGAACUGAGAAUUCGGAAAACAGCCGACAACAUGGAUUUGUCGCCAGCCAUGCAGUCGGUCCCAUCGGGCUGGACCGUUGAAGAUGUCUGGGCCUUCAUCCGUUCGUUACCUGGUUGUCAAGAUAUUGCUGAUGAAUUUCGAGCCCAAGAGAUUGAUGGGCAGGCUCUUCUCUUAUUAAAAGAGGAUCAUCUCAUGAGUGCAAUGAAUAUUAAGCUAGGACCUGCACUAAAAAUCUGUGCACGGAUCAACUCUCUGAAGGAAUUGUAGUGGAAAACCAAGGUUUAAACUACAGUUUUAAAUUGACUUGUAAAGUAAUAAGCCAACAUCUCAGUGUUUGAUGCAAUUAUUACGGCUUUGCUUUGCUAAGCAUUUUUUUUUCCACAUAAAAACUGUUGGAGGAACAUUUUUAAUAUGAACUUUCAAAACUUUCCAGCUAUUCAGGAAGCAUAAGCUGUGCUGGUUUAAAAACAAAUAGUCAAAACAUGAGUGAGGUAGAGUCAGUAGGAAGCUCUAAGAAGUGUAUGUAAAAUGUUAUGGGUGAUGCUUAUUCCAAAAAAAAAAGGCAAUUACAAGAAUUAAGCUUCUUUUGAAUAUAUAACCUUGAUUACAGUUUUACAUUGUGUUUCUAUACACUUUUUUCCUUUAUAGAAAGCUUUUACAAAUACGGAUUAACAGAAGAGUCCACAGAGUUUGUGGAAGCAUUGACUAUGGUAAAAUGCUAUGCAUUUAAUUGUGCUCAUUGGAUUUCAGUUAAUCUUGAGCCUAUGGUUUGAAGAGAACCUGUAGUUCACCUUCUCUUCUCUCUUAAUCCUACAGCUCAACCACCAUGAUACCAUUUCCUUUAAGCGUGGAAGCUUUUCUGUAAACGUGUGUCAUAUUUUGGGAAUCCUGCAAACCUUCCACCAUUACCGUAGAAAUUUUGAUCUUACAGAUCAUGUGUGCCCUCCUUGCCAGUUUAAGCAGAACCCCCAUCAACGUUUAGAUUUUUUUUCCCCUUAGACAAUGGGGAGGUAUGAAUGGGUGGAGCUUCAUAGUGAGUAUGAUGCACACAGUAGUAUAGCUGCAGGGCACGGUUAACAAAAGCACAUACUUUAUCUCUUUGUAUGAUGCUGUGUAUUGAAGAGGGCAUUGUGUUGUUGUCUUUUUGCCUUUGCUGCUGGUUCAUGUAGACCAAAGGAGUUGACGCUUAUCUGUCCAAUCCCUAGAGUAGAGGCACCCCUUCAUCAUCCAUAUGCUAGUGUGCAGCUCUGAUAGAGUAGUUUUUAAAGAAGUAAAAUGGCUACUAUGCUUUGUUUACAUCUGUCUUUUGUGUCUCCCUCCCUCCCUUUUCCCUUCCUUCUUUCCUUCCUUCUUUCCUUCCCUGAAUGCUGUUAGGGAUGUUAUUGGAAGAAGCACAGGUUGAAAUUACAUUGGUUUUAGCUCUUAACGUUUUCUCACAACCCAGUGUUAUCUGCAGAAACUGCGAGGAUCCUAAAUCAGUGGCACCAAAGUAUUAUUAGCAAGUGGUCAGAUGUUCACCCUCUGCAUCUGCUUAAUAUUUUGCACUAUAAACCAAAAGAUCUUGUUGCCAUGAUAGGGCUUGAUCAGCCAUGCACAUCGAUGAUUUUUCUUGUGUAGGAUAACACUCAAGAAGGGUGACCUUUAUGGUAGAAAAGAAAUUCCUUGUAGCAGAUUUCUUCCAAUCCAGAACUCCCCAGGGAACUACGGUUCCCAUCAGCCCUAGCUAAGAUGACCAGGUUAGGGGAAGCCUCCAUGUAAUUGAAUGUAAAUCAUAAGGUCUCAUAAGGUCUGUAUUCAUUUCCGACAUAGGUAGACUUCACUAUAAUAUAAUCAAUACAGAUUUGUUUCUUGGGAAGAAUUUAAAGAAAACUACUGUAGUUAAUUCCUUGGUACUAGCCAAGAUACCUGGUUAUGGUUAUUCCACUGAAGGAAUCUGUCAAAAUAGAUAAAGGGUGAUUUUUCAUUUAUUUCCUUCCUGUCUAUCAGAGGUCCUAAAAUUGCAAAACUGGAAGACUCCCAAAAUCAGUCUGGAUGGGGAGCAAAUAAUCACUCUGCUCACACGUCUUUCACUGACUGAUAGUCAUUAGGAACUACAUGGGUAUCAUCUUGUAUAUGAUAAGUGAUAAAUAGUAUUACAGUUAUAAAUCUUGUGUAAAAAAUUCUCUAUUUGUUUAGAGAAUUAUUAGAUAAUAAUGCUUAUUACCUCUAUUUAUUGACUGACAGUUUUUCAGAGCUAGCAAGAGCACAUAAGACUUAAACAGCGUUUUACUGAUUUCAUAUCUGGUAUUUUGGAAUACCUUCAGAAGGAUUCCUAGCUGUUUAUGUAUUGACAGAUGAAUAUUGAAGGUUAUUGGAAGCUCAAAGCAAUCCAUUUCUGUAUAAGUUAAGAAAGUUAACUGCUGUUGUUGAAACCAUGGGGAGAAAAAAUCAAAGAUAGUAUUGCAUUAUUCUCCAAUUCUCAACUUUUACUGUGAUUACAUUAUUCAUACAGCAAGGCUUUGUGGCUAUAGAGCAAAAAGCUGACAAUUUGUUUUUAGCCAAGCAAAGAUUAUGAGCAACUAUUGGAAAUAAAGAUAGCUUUGUGAAGGGAACUUAUGCCAAAGCAGAAUUACAAAUUUGGCCCCAUUUGUUGAACUUCCAAACAAAAAUAGCCACUUCAGUCCCAUUCACUUUAAAUAAUUUAAGAGCGGGGUCCUUCAAAGGACUAAAUUAAAGAGUACACACAUGCUGAAAUUGAAACAAUUUCAAUUUUAUCGAGUUGAAUAUUGGGCUGAUUUAGUUUUGUGAAUGACUUUUCUUUGAAUGUUUAUAUUUUAAAUAUCUAAAUGCUACAGCUUUUUCUUUUUUUCGCAUAUUCUGUAAUUGUUGGCAGAGCACAAUUUCAUAUUCAUAGUAGUAUGAUAAGUAUUAUAUAUUUUAACCCAAAUGCACACUUGACUUUCAUUAGCUGCACAAUGUUAUAACCUUAACAGUAAUUUUCUAAAGAGGAUUAUAGUAUUACUCUUAAGUAAUCAGUAGAAAUAUUGUUCCUCUGAAGAACACAGGAUAUGAAGAGAAGCACAAAGGAUUCUAUCCGUGAGAUCCCCAAGAAAACAAUUUGACACGGGGAGUCUGUGCUUGCAAACAACUGCUGAAAGAACACACAAGUAUUACUAUUCAGGUGAUUGGCAUCUGGAUAAUUUGACAGACAUGCUUUCUUCCUCUUGCAUUGAGGAGGUGAUAAAUGUUUCUUUCAGAUCGAAUUGUCAGGCUAUUGAGGACACCCAAACGUAGUCCUCGACUUAAAACCAUCAACGGCAUGGAAAAAAAAUGACUUAUGACCACUUUUCACAAUUAACAACUGUUGCAACCUCCCCGUGGUCAUGUGAUCAUCAGACCCUUAGCAGUCGGCAUGUAUUUAUGAUACUUGUAGUGUCCCUGGGCCACAUGAUGAACUUUUGCAACCUUCUGAAAAGCAAAAUUAAUGAGGAAGCCAGAUUCAUUUAACCAGCCAUGUUGCUAAUUGAACAACAGUGGUGAUUCACUUGACAACUCUUGUCAAUAAAGGUCAUAACAAAUGACAAAUUUAGCAAUUAACAGUUGCCUUGCUGAGCAACACAAAUUCUGCACUCUGUUGUGGUCGUAAGUCAAGGACUACCUAUGUUUGCAUACAAUCCUUUCCGUCCCCUCCCCCUUGCCAUCCAUGGAAAAGGAAUUAGUCUUGUAGCUCAAAAAUAAAUAAAUAAUCCAGUCCCAUUUUCCCCUGGAUGCAGAGUUUAGUUAGUCCUGGGUUAGUAAAAGGGCAGAAUUUGCUGUCCUCUGUCAAGGCAGCUUCCUGCUUGGGAGAGACUUGUCUUGAAAAAAGCUUUUUAGAUUACCUGCAAUUAGGAUGCUUUCGUGUUUGCUUUCAGCAUUUUUCACUGCACUUUCCUUGGGUGCUGAUGUUGGAGGCUGCAUAGAAAUAAUUGUGCAAGUUGAACUCUCAGUGACUUGCCCUCUGAACACAGUCAAACAGUGAGAACACUUAUUUGGAAGGUUACUGAUUUUCUUUAGGUGAUUUGUCAAACAAAAAGCAAGGGGUUAAUUGCGCACCCCUUGGGAAUUUGGGAACAUUUUGCUUGAGGGAUUUCUCUCCCCUCCCUUUCUCUUUCUAGAAAUGUCCUAUUUCUUAAGUUCACUUGAUGAUGCAUUAGUAGAGUCUCCCUAUAAAAAGUGCACCAAGUGAUAGGUUUUUUUUUAAUUUUGGCAAAUUGGGGUUGUUGCUGUAGGUGUCUGCAGAACAACUCUCGGGAUACAAGGCUUAUUGUAUCAAGAGUUGCCUCAUCAGAGUUGUUGCAUCCCAUGACAAAAACGUCUGAAUGUAUACAAAACACUGAAUUUUGUUGCUAGUUUUUCUAAUUCUACUCUAGUUCCUAGGAUUCCCUGAAAAGUUGUUUGUAAUAGUUCGGGGACCAUUUAGAAAAUAAUAGUAGUAUUGUUUACUAUGUGUAGUAGCAUGGCAAGGGGUGGGUGGGAGAAGAUUGAGAAGAUGAGUUUGUCUGACUGGCACAGCAUCUGUCCACUAAGGCUGCCCAUAGCCGCAUCUCAUAGACUUGAACAGAGCACAGCUUUGGGGAAAGAGUCAUCUGUGGCUUCUUUUCAGGCUGCAGUUUUUUGUGGAAAGGAGUACGUUGCAGGUAGUCCUCGAUUUACAACCAGUCAAUUAGCCGUGGUCAAAAUUACAACGGAUCUCCCUGGAGAUACUUAACAAUCUGGAUUCGAAGUUUUGACAGUCAGGUUGUCUCCUCUGCAUCACAUGACCAUGAUUGCAUUUUGGGUGUAAUCGGAUGGGCCCCUUUUACAGCUAUUUGCAGCAUCCCCCGUCACAUCAUGGCAUUUUACAGUAAUUUUGCUGAAAACCAGCAUUUCCGGCAAAACCAGCGGUUUGCUUAAUGGUUGGGGCUUAACAACCGUGGCAGCCACUGAACUGCAGCAGCUGCUUAAUAACCAUCGCAAAAAAAAAAAAGGUCCUAAAAAUGGAGUCGGUGAUGUGGGUGACCCGAUUUGCAACCAUCAUGUGUUAUGACGACUUUGACAGGCAGGCACCAUAAUGGCGGUCACUUGAGGACUACCUAGGCAGUAUGUAUUUUGAAGGGGAUGCAGCUUUUCUAAAGGGGGCCAAUAAAGCAGAGGUCCCCAACCUUUGAGAUUUGGUGAUCCAGCUGGGGGGGUGGAGGUAGGGGAACUGGGCCGUGUGAGCGGCAGAACAGCUUGCUCAAUUUGCUCAAGCAACAGGCCACGGGCACGCGUGCAAAUGCCGCUUGGCCCACCGCUCGUGCAAAUUGAGUUGCGCACAUGCACACAUGCACAUGCAUACCAUCAUGCCACUUGUGCGGUCCAAUUCCAAAUAGGUCAUGGCCCAUUAGUGGACCACGGCCCGGGAAUGGGGACCCCAGCGAUAAAGUAAGUCCUGAUUCCAGUUGUUUCACUUUUUUUGAACAGGAUUGUGAAAACCAGUUUUUUAAGUGUACUUUUCUUGUAGAAUGAAAAUCCGUGUGUGUGUGUGUGUGAGACAGAGAGAGAGAGAGAUACUAAACAGAUCCUUUAGUAUCUUCUUUGCAAAUAAGCCUGAUAAGAGUUAACUGCACAAAAAUGCAAACCUUUUACAAUAGAAGGUAGUAAGGCCUCGAUUUAAUGGACUGUGCCUAUUACAGGUAGCCCACAGACUUAAAGCAGUUCAUUUAGUGACCGUUCAAAGUUAUAGCAGCACUGAAAAAAGUGACAUGACCUUUUCUCACUUAAUGACCAUUAAAGGUUUCCCCAUGGUCAUGUGAUCAAAUUCAGAUACUUGGCAACCAUCAUAUUUAUGACUGCAGUGUCCCAGGGUCAUGUGAUCACUUUUUGUGACCUCCCUACAAGCAAAGUCAAUGGGGAAGCCAGGUUUACUUAACAACCUUGCCACUAAUUUAACUGCAGUGAUUCACUUAACAUGGCAAGAACUAUGGCAAGAAAGGUCGUAAAAUGGGGGCAAAACUAACAAAUGUCUUGCUUAACAACCCAAAUUUUGGGCUCAGUUGUGAUUGUAAGUCGAGGACUACCUGUAUUUGGGAAGCGGCACGUAUCCAUUCAGGAUCUUACCUGCUACAUAUGAAGUCCAUUAAAUAGGUCUAUUAAACCAUCCAAGCUUUGCUGGCUGGGAAAUUCUGGGAGUUGAAGUCCUCCAGCUUGAAGUUGCCAAGGUUGGAGACCCCUGUUAAUUAAACAGAGACUUGGCUGUAUGUUCUUCCUAGAAUAUUUGUAUGAUAGUUUUCUCUUUGUAAAAUUUCAUAGCAUUUCACAGUUUCUUAUUCUACAAUAUUUCUAAGUAUUUUUGCUUUCCUUACUGAAUGUGUUACUAUUUUGUGUCAAUCAUGACAAGCUUGAUAAUGGUUGCAAUCAUGGAAAGAAGCUAGAUAGAGGAUAGGAGGUGGCACUUUCUUGUUAUGGCCAUGGAGGAUAUAACAAGUAAAAUGAUACAUGACUAAUUCUUUGCAAUAAUGACAGGCCUUAAAAAGGUUUCAUGUAAGACAAUGUUUUUCAGCCUUGUCAACCUGGCAAUGUGUGGGCCUCAACUCCCAGAAUUCCACAGCCAGCAUCCUGUGUGGAGAAUUCUGGGAAUUGAAGUUCACACAUCUUCAAGUUGACAAACAUGGAUGUAAGAGUUCCAAAAAUUGUCCCCUACCUUUUAAUACAAUCUACUUCGGUGAUUUCAGCUAGUGAUUUAAGACGUAAGCUGUUUCAGAAAUGAUAGUAGAAGCAUUUAACUUGAGGAGACAGAGAGGAGCCUGUGAACUUCUCCUCAUCCCUUACAAACAAUGAUUUAUCAAGUCAGGUUCAUUAUAUCCUUAUUUUGUUAUCGAGGUCUAAGCUAUUUUCCAGCUUAAUAAAAGACUGAAAUGAACCUUUUAACUGGGCAUCAGUAUCUGGAAUCUGGAUGGUUAAAGAAAGAAAGAAAAAAAAAAUCAACUAUUAUUUAUAUUAAGAGAAGUUUGAUCUACAUAACAUUUGAUAAAUUUCAUGCUUUUGGAGUACCUUUGUAAUAUAAUUUUUUCAUAAGGGUUCAUUUGAUAAAUAUUUAAACCACUUUGAAGAUUGUCAAAUUUAUGAAGUUUAUUAAGAACUGUGUCCUGAGAAAUAGGACAAGUAUAACUGACCUGUAACCUUAAAUGUUUUUAAAAGUUUAUUGUCUCUGAUUUUGUAAAAUUAGUAUUUUAUAUUCCCUUUUCUCUGUUCAUGAAACAAGAAUAUAGGGACCAACAAAAUAGACAAAGUUACGGUUUGUUGCAACAAAAGGUAUUUAUAUCUCCCCCCCCCCUUGUACUGCACUGUUUUUUGGAAAUCUAUUUAAGUAUGUCAUGUUAGACUUUAUUUGCUUCCAAGUUAUUCUUGCCAAUAUGUUCUUUUUUUGUUUGUUUUUGGGAUCACUCUUCCCUCUUCAGUACUGUGUUUACCUGAAAGGAAGAUUUGCCUGAUUUUAAUUUUCCUCCUAAAAACAGAGUAGGUAAUUGUGCUGUCCCACUCACUCACACACACACACACACAACUGUGGUUUAGUGGGUUUAUUAAUAUUCUCCUGCAACUCCCUUCACCAAAAACCCAGAACUGUCCCAAUUAAGUCCAGCCACAAGCAGACCAAUGCUAGCCCACAGAGUAAUGGCCAAUGCGGCCACAAGGCACUUGAAAGUUUUCCAAUCAAAAUAAACCCUCCAGGGAAAAUUCAAUCCACCAUACAAGAGGGUUCACGAAGCAAGAAAAGUCCAGCGUUCAGAAGUCACAGUCCAAGUCAAAGCACGGUGUCAAUCCAAAGCAAGGCAAGAAUCACGCUGACUAGAAAACACACAGCUGGGAAAUGAACCCAUUGUUCCCAGCAUCAUUUCCAUCUAUCUGUUGUGCUAAAUAGGCAGCUUCUGAUGCAGCCCAUCAAGAAGGACAAGACUUCCUUCUCGCGUGUCAUGUGGCUGGCCUUCUCUGCUCCUGCCUUUUCUCUGCCUACGUCUUCUUGGAUCAGUUUCAGCAGGCCGUUCUUCUUCCUCAUCACUGACUGGCUCCAGCUGCAUGCUUUCUCCACCCGAAGCCUCUGGGUUGUCCUGCUGCAGCUGUAUUUGAAUCAAAUUAAUGGUUGAGCCAUUAACCAACUCCCCUCCAGACCUGCCGGAAACUGGUUCAUCUUGCCCCGAGCUGACCUCCGGAGAGAUAACUGGGGAAGCAUCCAGGGGAAUCAUCACAGUAAUGUAUAACGAUUUCAGCCUUGGCAAUUUCCACAUGAAACCCAAUUCAGGAUAUUUCCUUCUUUCAAAUCUGUGAGUUUGACUAUUUGUACAUGUGUGUCCAUAUAUGUAUGUAUAUAUGUAUGUACGGUAGUCGGAAGUCACACUCCAGCAAAAGGCAGAAAAAUAAAUUGAUAUUGAGUUAAUAGCUGUAGAUUUAAGAUUGAUAUUCUAUGAAAGUACAUUUAUAAAUUCAAUUGAUCCCCAGUCUAACUAAACCGAUUAUUCUCAUAUAUCCACACAAGUACACAGAGGCAAAGAUGCAAGACAAUUCCCCCCCCCUUUUCCAUCAGAAACAGCAAAAUGAAGUAAUAUAGGAGUUCAGAAAGGGGUGUGCACAGUGGAUGUUCAGAAUGGCAAAAGUAGCACUGCUGCAUUGUGAUGGUUGUGUGCAUACAAAAAGGGAACAAAGCACGUAAUGCUGCAACCUUUUUGAUAUUCCAGGAAAAGCAGUAAGGUCCUGUGAUGCCACUGAGGCAAUAAAUGGGGUGGAGCUAUACGUCCAGGAGUGGGAUGAGGGAAGCAGGGGGAUGAAACAUGCAUGACAUCAUCACCCAAAUGCUGCAGCUUUAACAUACUUGCAUGAGAUUUGAGAAUACAAAUGUAUAAUGACCAUUUUCAAAAGUGACACCGGUUUGCUACAAGGUCUAUUGAGUGAGCAAAAAGGACAGCUACACUGGGACAUAUGGGAAGAUAAAGGUGGGAACUACGUUGGAUGGGUAGGAAGCAAUACUAUAUCUGCCCAGGGAAGGGAACUCCAAUUAAAUUCAACCUGGCAAGCAAUAAUGUGCAAGUUGAUUAGCAAAACUGAUUUUAAUUUCAAAGCAACCCUGCAGGCCUCUGUCCCUCAGGGUUAUCCAGUAGCCCCUUUACCAACAGUAUCUUCUAUUUGUAGCUAAUUUAUGGUGAAGUCCCUUCCUCCCCCAACAAUAUUCUCAGUCACAAUUUACUGGGGAAAACUUUUUUCCUAUCAGGUAAAUGCAGUAUAUGUAAAAAACAAAGAGAGGAAUCUGUUAGGAAUGAGCUCAUCUGUGUGAGAAUGAGGGAGAACUGAGGAUAUUUCCAAAUAAACUAAUAUGAGAUUAUAAAGGUACCUAUCUCUGUAUCAUGGAAUAUUUAGAUUUUUGAAUAAGUGUGGCACUAAUUUGGGACUUGGACUUUUUUCCCCCAGUGUUGAGUUGUUUUUUAAAUUACUGCUUGUUCCAAAUGAAGCUGAAUAAUUUUUAACUUCGAAGAAAAAUGCCACACAACGAAUGAGGUAAAGUUUAAGCUAUAUGUAUCUUGUAUGUAUGAAUACAGAUAUACAUACAUACAUACAUGUAUAGCAUGUGGAUGAAUUUUAGAUUCUCAUAUUUGUUAUGGUCCGUAAAAGUGGUGUAAAAUUUAUUUGUUAUUAAUCUGUCUGUUGAUAAACUGAUUAUAUAAAUGAAAAAUCAAAGCACCUUAUACUAUUGCUGCUUCAAUUUGCUUGUAAUUGCACCUUUGUUAUCAGCACACUUCUUUUUUAUUGGACAUUUUUAUGUGGUAAUAUUGCUUUCUGUGAGAUUAUUGACAGUAUCAUCAAGUUGGUUUAUAUUUCAAUUUUACAUUAAAAUUGUGAAUACACAGCUUCAGAAAUAAAAACUGACUUUCAUUUGU